AGUUCAGAGAAAAAAGGCACAAAUAAAAGAAGGGCUCGGUCAGUUCAAGAUUGCGGAACCUGUCAGCUUAACUUCCCUGUCUCUUAGGAUCAGUUCAGAAAUGUCGUCUAAGAAGCAGACCUCGGCGAAUCCAGCAGAGGGGAUACCUGCCCCACUCGCCAACUGCAAAAUUCAAUAUACUAAGAUAUUUAUAAACAAUGAAUGGCAUGAUUCAGUGAGUGGCAAGAAAUUCCCAGUCUUUAACCCUGCUACUGAAGAAAAAAUAUGUGAUGUGGAAGAAGGAGAUAAGGAGGAUGUGAAUAGAGCAGUGAAAGCAGCAAGAGAGGCUUUUCAGAUUGGCUCUCCAUGGCGGACAAUGGAUGCUUCAGAGAGAGGACGCCUCCUGAACAAACUGGCUGAUUUAAUUGAAAGAGAUCGCCUGCUUUUGGCAACAAUAGAAUCGAUGAAUGCUGGCAAAAUCUUUCCUACUGCCUAUAUGAUGGAUUUAGGUUCUUCUGUGAAUGUUUUACGUUACUAUGCAAGCUGGGCUGAUAAGCUUCAUGGUCGUACAAUCCCAAUUGACGGAAAUUUUUUCUCAUAUACAAGACAUGAACCUGUUGGUGUUUGUGGUCAAAUCAUUCCUUGGAAUUUCCCUUUGGUUAUGUUUAUGUGGAAAAUUGGACCUGCCCUUUGCUGUGGAAAUACUGUGAUUGUCAAACCCGCAGAGCAGACUCCACUCACUGCUCUUCAUGUAGCAUCAUUAAUUAAAGAGGCUGGAUUUCCACCAGGAGUAGUGAAUAUUGUACCUGGUUAUGGACCUACAGCUGGAGCAGCCAUUUCUUCUCACAUGGAUAUAGAUAAAGUGGCUUUCACAGGGUCCACAGAGGUUGGCCUCCUAAUUAAAGAGGCUGCUGGGAAAAGCAACUUGAAGAGGGUUUCAUUGGAGCUCGGGGGAAAGAGCCCUUGCAUUGUAUUUGCUGAUGCUGACAUGGAUAAUGCUGUGGAAAUUGCACACCAGGGUGUGUUCUUCCACCAAGGCCAGUGCUGCACUGCAGCAUCAAGGCUUUUUGUGGAAGAGUCUAUUUACGAUGAAUUUGUGAAGAGGAGUGUAGAACGUGCCAAGAAAUACACACUGGGGGAUCCUCUGAAACCGGGAGUACAGCAAGGCCCUCAGAUUGAUAAAGAGCAGCACCAAAAAAUACUUGACCUCAUUGAGAGUGGGAAGAAGGAAGGAGCCAAAUUGGAAUGUGGAGGAGGACCAUGGGGAGAGAAAGGUUACUUUGUCCAGCCCACAGUUUUCUCCAAUGUUACUGAUGAGAUGCGCAUCGCCAAAGAAGAGAUUUUUGGACCAGUCCAACAAAUUAUGAAAUUUAAAACUAUUGAUGAAGUGAUCAAAAGAGCCAAUAAUACCCAUUAUGGCUUAGCAGCUGGCAUUUUCACCAAAGAUCUUGAUAAAGCCUUAACAGUUUCCUCUGCCCUUCAAGCUGGAACAGUCUGGGUGAAUUGCUAUUCUGUGGUUUCCCCUCAAACUCCUUUUGGUGGAUUCAAGAUGUCUGGAAAUGGGAGAGAAUUGGGAGAAUAUGGACUCCAUGAAUAUACCGAAGUCAAGACUGUCACAAUCAAGAUUUCUGAGAAGAACUCCUAAGGAUACUUCAGAGGAUGUUACUCCAUAUCUUCGAUGGCUUAGCAUUUCUUACUCUAAAUCAUGAAAGAUAUUACAGCUGCCAUUUUCUCCUGAUUAUUUACUUUAGCAGGAUAAAAAAUAUAUAUCUAGAACAUGCUAUAUGCCUUCUCUCUGUCAUAUAAACAUGAUCAAUAUUUUCUACCUGAAAUUUCGGGUUGGAAAUUGACUCAAGAUCUCAAGCAUUAGAACAGUCAUGAGUUUCUCUUGGUAAAUGAUUCUUGCAGAAUUUAAGCCAUAAAAAAAAUUGAAAGGAACGUUUGGUGGUUUUUACUUUUCUUUUUGUUAAUCAUUAAUUGAAGUUUGCUACACAUGUUAACUCACCAAAUAGAUGUAUUCUGUCCUCUAGCAAUCUUCAUUACCUUUGGAAACAAUGCGUUCAAUAAAGUAAUAACCAUUCACUCUGC